AGUGGGGCCACGGCGGUGCUGGGGUGCCAGGGGAAGGGCAGGGCCAGCUGAGGGACAGUGCAGUGAUGGAGGGAUGUGGGGAUACCAGGAUGAAGAAGGGAAGGGAUGCAGGGAUGGAGACAUGAAGAGAUGAAGAAGAAAAGGGAUGCAGGCAUGAAGAAGAGCAGCGAUGAAAGAACGGAGGGGUGAAGGGCUGGAGGGGUGUGGGGAUCAGGGAUACAGGGAUGAUGGAAUGCAGGGAUGCAGGAAGGCAGGGGGAGAGCGUUGUGGGGAUCAGAUCCAGUUGGGGCAGAGCCCGGCUCCCCACCGGGAGCGCGGCGGCGCCGGGAGGUGGCAGCAGCGGCCGGGCCGGGGCGCGGGGGUGUCCCCUGGGCCGGGGGGGCCGCGGCAUUCCCGCUGCCCCGCGGGCCCUGCUCCGCCCUCAGCCCCUCCCGGGCCGCGGGGCCGUGCUCCGGGGCUGCCCUCGUUCAGCCCUGCCGGGGGAUGCGCACGGGUGGGGUCCCGACACGGGCACGGGUGGGUCCGGCUCUGCUGGGCUCUCGGGCGCCUUCCCGCAGCUCCUCAGUGGUUGGGAAUUCCCGGCUGCGCUGGCGCCGAGUCCUUCCCGAAAUUCUUGUCCGAGCCGGGGCUGUAAACAGCAUUUUUCUCUCCUUGCAGUCUCUGCCGGGUCCUGUGAGUCCCCCGCCCUCUCUGUUGCUUCUUUCAGGUAUUCCUGGACUGGAUUGUUCACUUCCCGAGCCCUCUGCUGCACCCUGAUGGAGCUCCACAGGGAGCCGGCGACAGCAGGCCCUGGGGCACCCCUCACCCUGGCACGGGUGGGCACGGGUUUGGCCUCGCGUGGCACCCACCGUCCCUCCCCAGGGCUCUGGUGCCGCCACAGUGAGAGGUGCCCGGCAUUGCUGGUGGGGAGUGCGGAGUCACUGCCCUGCAGGACGUGACCACCUCCAGGCCUGCGCUGCUCUGGGAGCCGAGCAAGGAUUUAUUUAUGGAUUGGGUGGAAAACCAGAAGGUUUGGUCAAUCGUCCCACAGGCCCCGGGCCUGCCCCUGCGGCUCGGACACGUCACGGACACGCCUUGGUCAGCCGUGGGGGACAGCCCGGGGGACACGGCUCUGUGGGGUGUGCUGCCUUGGGGAGCACGGCAGCCCUGGGCCCCCUGAGCCCCCUGAGCCACCGCCCGCCACACAAGCCCCCCUCAGCCACAAACCCCUCUGGCUUGUCCAAACGAUCCCUUGUCCAUGAGCCCCUGGAGAUGAUGUCCCCGGCAACCAGCGCCCUUGGCCAUAUUGCCCCAAACCAUAAACCCCCAUCCCAGUGCCCACCCACCCACGCCGUGCAGGCACCGUGGGGACCCGGCCACGGGCACACGGGGAUGCCCUGCAGCAUCCUCGGGAGGGGGUCCCGGGGUGUCCCCGGUCUCUCUCCCCCCAGCCAUGGGCUAUGCGGGGCUCUGCACCGAUAUCGACUCUAUUUAAGGAAGCCCGACCCACACCGGCCCCCGGAGCUCGCUGCGGCGGCGGGGCCGGGCCGGGGCCGGGGGCGGGGGGUGCGCUGAGCACGGCGGGUCCCAGCCCGCCCCUUCCCCGCCCGCCGCCUCCGCCAUGGGCGCCGCGGGGCCGCUCUGCGCCCUCCUCCUGCUGCUGGGCACCGGCACCGGCACCGGCACCGGGACCCGGCCGGGGCCGCCGCGCCUGGUACUCGCCCUGCUGGCCCGGAACGCGCAGCACUCGCUGCCGCACUGCCUGGGAGCCCUGGAGCGCUUGGACUAUCCCGCGGGCAGCAUCGCCCUGUGGUGUGCAACAGACCACAACUCGGACAACACGACGGCAAUGCUGCAGGAGUGGCUGGGGGCGGUGGGGAAGGACUAUCACUCGGUGGCCUGGAAGGUGCAAGAGGAGCCCAGCUCCUACCCUGAUGAGCUUGGUCCCAAGCACUGGAGUGACAAACGCUAUGAAAACGUGAUGAAGUUGAAGCAGGAAGCUCUCACCUACGCCCGGGAGCAGCAAGCAGACUACAUCCUGUUCAUGGACACCGACACCAUCCUGACCAACAACCAGACCCUCAAGUUUCUCAUGGCGCAGAACAAGUCAGUGGUGGCCCCCAUGCUGGACUCGCAGACCUUCUACUCCAACUUCUGGUGUGGCAUCACCCCCCAGGGGUUCUAUCGCCGGACAGCCGACUACUUCCCCACCAAGAACCGGCAGCGGCUGGGCUGCUUCCGUGUCCCCAUGGUCUAUGCCAGCUUCCUGAUCGACCUGCGCAAGGAGGAGACCUUGCAAUUGGCUUUCUACCCGCCCCACCCCAACUACACCUGGGCCUUCGACGACAUCAUUGUCUUUGCCUACUCCUGCCAGGAGGCUGGUGUGGAGGUCUAUGUGUGCAACCAGCACCACUUUGGUUACAUCAAUGUUCCUGUGAAGGCCCACCAGACGCUGGAGGAUGAUCAUGCCAACUUUGUGCAUCUCACGCUGGAGGCCAUGGUGGAUGGUCCCCCCAUGCAGCGCUCCAGACAUAUUUCUCUCCUGCCCAGGCCACUCACAAAAAUGGGCUUUGAUGAAAUCUUCCUAAUCAACCUGGUGCGGAGGCCAGACCGGCGGCAGCGAAUGCUGGCAUCCCUGCAGGAGCUGGAGAUCAUUCCACGGGUGGUGGAUGCUGUGGAUGGCAGCACCCUCAACAGCAGUGACAUCAAGGUGCUGGGUGUGGACUUGCUGCCCGGGUACUACGAUCCCUUCUCCGGCCGCACACUCACCAAGGGCGAGGUUGGCUGCUUCCUCAGCCACUACAAUAUCUGGAAGGAGAUCGUGUCCCGGAGGUUGGAGCGGGCAGUGGUCUUCGAGGAUGAUGUGCGCUUCGAGGCUGCCUUCCCAGCACGGCUGCAGCGGCUGAUGGAGGAGCUGGAGCGGGCACAGCAGGACUGGGACCUCAUCUACCUGGGGAGGAAGCAGGUGAACGAUGAGGAUGAGGCACCUGUGAAAGGCGUGCGGAACCUGGUGGUGGCCGGGUACUCGUACUGGACACUGGCCUACGCCAUCUCCCACCAGGGGGCACGGAAGCUGCUGGCCACCAACCCCCUCUCCAAAAUGCUGCCCGUGGACGAGUAUCUGCCCAUCAUGUAUGACAAGCACCCCAAUGAGGAUUACAAGCGGCACUUCUCCCCACGGGACUUGCUGGUGUUUUCGGCUCACCCCCUGCUGGUUUAUCCCACUCACUAUGCUGGGGACAGCAACUGGCUGAGUGACACCGAGACUUCCACCAUCUGGGAUGAUGAUGCCAAGAAGACUGACUGGGUUGGCUCGCAGAAGACACUGAGGGACUCACGGGGCAGUGCUGGCCACCUCCGCUCCACCCGUGACGAGCUCUGAUGGGAUGAGGGACUGUGAUCCAGCUGGGAGCACCACGGGCAAGGGCCUUAUACUGCCCACCCCCACUCAGGAGAUGCAGCUGCCCUGGACAGAGCCCCACAGGGUUCUUCAAAUCUGCAUGUGACGAAUCCACCCAAGGCAGGAUUUGCCCCAGGAAAGCCUUUCCCUGCCAAGUGGAGAGACCAGAGGAGCGCUGUGCUCUCUGUGCUGAGGACACAUCUCCAGGACAGUCCCAAUCAAUGCCAACUCUGCCGUCUCCCACCAGCCUGGACUUUGGGGAGUGGACUUUGGGCUGGCACACAUGGUGGCCUCCUGCCACUGACUGGGCUUGUCCCUCAUGCCAUGCCUGGGUGGAAGCCCAGGGAGGAUUAAAGCAGACUGUUUGA